UAAGUGAAUGCGGAAUUGGCACAAGUCCAACGCCUUUACAUGGCAACUCCGAUUCCCCAAAUCACUUUUUCAUUCCACCCAAAAUCCUUCCCGCACUCACAAUCUUCCUAAAUCGAUUCGAUCUACCCUUGAUUGAGUGAAAUUUUGGUCGCUUUACUGUACCCGGAUCUUUCUUUCGGCGGGUUUUCAGUGUCUUCGAGAGCUUGUGCAUUGCUGUGGAUAUGGCUAUCGUGCUUUUAAGAGGUCGCUGCGAUGAAUUAGACACCCGGUGUUUUAUGCAUCUUUGGUGCUUAUGCUCUAGUCGAGGUGAGAUGGUUACAUUUUACUGGUUUAUGGGAAUUUGCUGGAUGGUCUAGAUUAGUUUGGAAGUUAAGAUGGGGUCUUCAACUUAUAAGGGGAAUGAAAAUUUUGCAAAAGAACUUGAAGACGAGCUCAUGAAAUUUACAAGAAAAGAUGUAGAUUAUAAAGUGGAUAAAGCCUCGAAUGAGCAGGCAGGAGUAAUACAGAGGAAUACUGAUGUGAACAUUAUGGAAUGUACAAAAUCUUCUGGAAGUAAACUGUUUGAAGAAAAAUGCCAGGACACGACUGAAAGCUCAAGUUCGUUUGGUGACAGUGGAAUCGAGAGUGUUGACUCUGAAGCUAUGUCAGAUUUCUGUGAUGACGCCGGAUCAACACCCAAGUUUGGUAGAUUUGAUGAAAGGUUCCUCACAAGAAAAAAGCUGACAACUGAGUGGAGGUCCUCUAUUCAACCUCUUGUGUGGCGCUGUAAGUGGACUGAAUUGCAAAUCAAGAAGCUUCAGUCCCUUGCUCAACGGUAUGAUCAAGAACUCGAGGCCCAAAACAAGCAGAAGCGAAAAUUCCUAGAGAAUUCUGAACUGGAUAAUGGUGUGAAAUCACUUCCAUAUCCGUGUGGCAAUUCUAACGUCCUGAAGAGAAAAAAGAGAAGAAAAACUGAAAUGACAAUGGAUGUAACAGCAUACAUGUCUCGUCAUAACCUCUUUUCCUACUAUGAGAACAGGAAGUCUUUUUCUUCUGAGUGCGCCAUUGUGAGUGACGUGCGAAAUAAUACAACUAAUCAUUCAGUCAACGCUGAUGGUGGGUUUUGCUCAAAUGAUGACCUCUUAUCGUUCGAGCUUUUUCCUGGUGAUCGUUCUUCUGAACAAGUACUUUGGAAGAUAUACCAUUUACAAUCACGGGUUGGCCAGCUGAAGGAUAGAGUAGACAGAGUAACGACUGAAAAUGCAGACAAGCUUUCUUCUUCUGAUAUCUUGAACUUCCUACCUACACAAGAUGAUGAUCCAACUCCAAAAGACGGGGACCGAGUGCCAGUUGGAACUUAUAUUGCUUCUCAGCUGAUCAAUAUGGAUGAUGCACGCAUGACAGACAAGGCAGAUACAAGUUAUGCAGACAUUCCCGAUGCUAAUGCAAGAAUUUCUCGUGCUGGUUUUGCAAAUGCAUACGGAAACGUAGAAGAUUGGGUUCUUAUUGAUAAUCAAAGGGUGAAGGAAGAACUGAAUAAUUUCGAGGGGAUGACGAUUCCCCCUUUCGAAAAGUCCACUGUGAAUACUGUCAAGGAAGACAUCAGCAGCUCUGAGGAUGUGAAAAUUCACCCAAUUCAAAAUCCCAUCCUUAACGAUGUGCCUGGUAAUGGCAGUCCUUCCCUUCCAAAAGACCAACCUGACGCGCCAAAAGAUGAACAGCAGCAUCCCCCCAAAAUCCGGUCUCUUGCUAAGCUCACUUCCCCUAAAAGGAUGAAGAGAGGAAGAAGAAAAGGCGGUGGUCGAUGGACUCGAAAACCCAAAGGUUCCAAAGGUUAGCGAUUCCAAGAUAUGAGAGCAAGUAAUGUGGCGGAGGGGACGAAAAUGACAUCAGGGAUGUUCUUGAUGAGGUUGAGCUGGGGGAGGGUCUCCCCUGCCCUCUUGGCAGCCAUGGCAGCGGGAGGUGUGACGAUCCCUGCCGUGAGCGUCAUCUCAUCCAACUUGCUGAGAUUCACAUGCUGCUUCAUGAAGUCGACUACUAUUGUCUUCUUCUGCUCCUGGUUUGUUCCCGCUCCCUUCCACACCCUAAAACAUUCCUGUCGUAGAAGAAGAUUCAGACUUUAGAUGCCAUUUGCGUGCCCGUUUUGUUUCUUUUUUGUGUGCUUUAUAUAAGAAAUCGGUCAGGACAAUAGAUAGAUAGACAGACCUCGACUUCCUCUGUCGAGGGUGGAUCGUAGUGUUUACCAGGCAAAGCAGCAUUGACAGCGCUGAGAAAAUGAAUGUUGAGUUAAAAUCGAUUGAUCGGUGUGGGUGAGAAAUGAAUAAUACUUAGGCUGGUUUAUGAAAA